CUCGAGCGCCCCCUAUCUGCUGAAGUCUGGUACAGAUUGCUAAUAGAGGAGAGGAGGAGGAGGAGGCCGUUGUAGAAGAUGCUGUCAUCUGCUGCUACCGACUUAAGUGAGAGAGCAUUGACCAUGGAUCGAUUUCGCAAUGCCGUUUCAUAUCUAAACCAGCCAUAAUUGCAAUCGUUUCACGUCAUUCGGGAUAAUAAUGGCGUCCCGGUGCACCCAGCAAAGCGUGCGGGAGUUCCUGCAGGAGAGAGGAGGGAGGGUCCAACAGAUGGAGCUGAUCGAUCAUUUCAUUUCACAUGGGGGGUGUAAUGACCAGUCAGAAGAGGAGGUGGAACGCGAGGUGCUGAAUCGCAUUGUUGACAACGUGUGCGGCGUGGAGGUGGAAAACGGCGUGAAAUUUGUGUAUUUGGACACCGAAGGUGGAGUGGGCUCGGUGAUGCGUAAGGACGCGGACGGCCCCGACCGCACGGAGUGCAACGGCAACGUCAAAGAAACGCUGGACAACAAAAUUGUGAACGGAAACCCUGACAACGAAGACCAAACAGGAGCAUUAAGUCCAAUGUCUGUCAGCGUGGACAAUGACAAAAAAUUAAAUGGCAAUGAACAACACGCUCCCCUGCCUCAUAAUAAGGCCGUCCCAGGGACUCCUACGGCUGCUGGAGGAGGAGGAGGAGGAGGAGGAGAGGUGAAGCUUAGGGACAGGAGGAGGCGAGAGUCGGCCCCAGUUAUUGGGAUUCAAGAUGCAGACCAGCCCCACUCUGCAGCGUCCCACAGCCAGCAGGUCAGGGGGGCGCGCAGGGUGUCGAAGGGGUCCCAGCGGGCCAUGCUGAUCAGCUGCCUGUCUGAGGACAGCGCGCUGGAGGGGCUGGAGACCAUUGGAGACAUCAGCACGCCCAAAGGGAGCCGCCGGAACUUCAUAGAGCUGAUGAUGAGUAGCUCUCCUCAGGUUCGGAGGUCCCUCAUCAACCGUGGCUCCCGCAUCCGAGACUCGGUGAGGAGCGACGGGGACUCGGCCUCGCUGCUCUCCUCCAACGCGGACGAGGACUGCGCCUCGGUCACUCUGGACCCGCUGGAGCACGAGUGGAUGCUGUGCGCGUCGGACGCCCUGUGGGAGAGCCUGCAGCCGCUGCUGGCGGUGGAGCCGGGCCUUCUGGGCAAACGGGACUUCGUGACGGGCUUCACCUGCCUGCACUGGGCCGCCAAGCAGGGCAAGGCCGAGCUCAUCUCCCGCCUGCUGGCCUUCGCCAAGGAGAACGCCGUUCCCGUCAACGUGAACGUCAGGUCCGGCGCCGGGUACACGCCGCUGCACCUGGCGGCCAUGCACGGACACACGCAGGUUGUGCGGGUGCUGCUGUCGGACUGGGAGGCGGACCCAGAGACUCGCGACUACAGCGGGAGGCGGGCCAUCCAGUACCUGCCCCCCCCGCUGGUGGCCGACCUGCAGCAGGACGGAGUGGUCACCUCGCCCGGAGCCGAGUCGGACGCGGAAAAUGGCAGCUCCAGAGGGCGGGGCUGGAGGUUCCCCAAAGUCCUCCAGGGCAACCUGAACCCCCUGCGGCUGCUCAACUCCCCGGCCGAGCCCCCCGACGAGUCGCCGGGGUCCGGGAAGGCCAAGGGCGGCCUGCAGAGGAAGACGUCCCUCGGCCGGCUGAACGCCCGCCUGCACCGGGGGCGCCACCGGGCCCAGAUCAUCCACAGCGCCUCUUUCAGGGACACGGGAGAGGUGGGAAGAGGGGAGGACCUACCCAGCAGCCCUCUGCGGCCCAGACCGCUGUCCAACCUGUUUGGGUGAAGGCAAGCCUGCGACACAGAAAAAUUAACCCCUCUAGAUUCACUUUUAUUUUCAGAUUUCUAACUUUUCUAAGAUGAGUGGUCAGAUAUUUCUAUGACACAAAUCCGGUGUUCAGAAAUCAAGAUUCAAAGUUCAUUUUUGGACCUUAUAUGUUUUUUUUGUUUUUUUAGGGUGAUUUACCAGGGAUAACCAGAAAUUUCUGUUUUUCUAAAACUUUUUCACAUCUUCUUAGACUUUUGUUUUUCACAGAAUGGAAGGGACACUUCAUGUAGCAUCAACGUCUUUCUGUAUUUUCAGGACCUAAUUUGGAGCAGCUAAAAAGAUCAAACCAGGUAUCCUCCUUUUGGUAUGAUGCAAAAAACAACAUUGAGCUUUCAUUCCAGCAGCAUAAUUCUACAAAAGUAGCACUUUGUAUCAGUUCCAGACUCUCCUGCAUAACCACGUAUGUUUACAAAGUAAUAUAUUUACAGAGUUGGGUAUUUACAUUUUUUAUCUCUUCUAAUUGGAUGGUGCUGAUGGGGAUUUUUUUGUACAUAACAAUUGAGGUGAUUUACUUAUUAACAGAUUUUAUUUCUUGUAUUUCUUGUACAGUCAGCUGGUUUGCACUUGUCACUUUGAAGCUGGUUGUUGUUUUGUGGGAUUGGGCUGCAGAAGCCUGAACCCCUCCAGCUGUUUGGAGCGAAUAGAGUUCAUUCACCAUGUAUACGAAGCACAAAUGAAGCUGCAUAUUUGUUUCCAAACCUUUCACUCAUGUUCUUUGACACUUGGCACCGAACGUCAAGAAGCACACUCAUUAGUUUGCAAUGAAACUCUUUUCCUGGUUAGAAGCACAUGGAUCAUGUCGAAUACAUCCAAUUUUCUACUGUUUUUACUUCUUUUUUCACUCCGGGUUAUUAUUGGGAUUCUGUUGUUUUUUAUUGGACAUUUUUUCGGACAUAUUUGACUUCCAGGGAAUCUCACAUUUCUUAACAUGACACUGAUUCACUGAUUUAAUUCAGAAUUGAAGCUUCAUUCGUCUGAAGAUAAUUUUACAGAUAACAUCGGUGCUUUUCAGUUUGGGCUUUGGUCCACACGAUGAUAGAUGUCCAGCAGAAUGUCGAUUAGUUUUACAGUAAAAAGGUAAUCAAGCAAACUGCAGUGUCUCAGACUGAAUGAAGGUCUCUGUCGGCCCUCGUCAACAGGUCCAACCUUUCUAUAGAAACGAUCACUCAACCUUUUUAUUACCUUUGUUAUAUCUGAAUAGCAAAAAGUGUCAUCCAGAAUCUUCUGGAUGCUCAGCUGGGCUGCACUGAGCAGACUUCCUGACCGGUUUCCCAAAUAUGUGAACAUGACUUCCCUAACGACAUAUGCUAGAUUUCACUUAUGUUCCCCCCUGUAUUUUGUAGCAUUUUUUGUACUUUAUUCAUUGUGCUUCAAAUUAUUGUUGAGAGACACUGGAAGGGGAAAUGUAUCAAUGGGAUUUCCUCUCUCAGUUGCACGAGUGUGAGAAAUGUCAAACCUAAUCACUUGUUUUAUUCUGUAAAUAUUUGGGUCAGCCCUGUUUGUGAAAUACUGUGUAGUUUUGUGAUGUGGAAUCAUUUUUGAUAAGGCACUUUUGUCUUUCUAGUCAUGUUUUGUUGUUAAAUGUGAAUUAAAGCAAUACUUGUUUUG